AUGUCCGAAUACACACACAUAGACACAAUUCACACAUGCAAAGACGAGAGUGAAGAGACAUGUACGGACUACAGAGAACAAUUUCAAGUACACAGAUGUGGCUGUGGAUCGUGCGGCGUGCCCGCCCUGCCCUCCACGACGGGCGGGAGUGGGUCAGCGCUGGGCGGAGCUGGGUCAGCGCUGGGCGGGAAUGGGUCAGCGCUGGGCGGCGGCGGGUCAGGACUGGGUCUCGGGGAGCGGAGUGAGGUGACGAGCACCGACCACGACACCACUGUGAGGCAUUGGGAUGAUAAUAUUGUGAGCAGUUCACUGAGUGAGCCGAGACCCCCGUCUCCUCAACCUCAUGUGACAACAACACACGCAGGGUCGGGGCGGCGCGGCGCGCUGCAGCUGUGGCAGUUCCUGGUGUCGCUGCUGUCUUCAGGCGCGCGCUGCGUGGCGUGGACCGGCCGCGGACUCGAGUUCAAGCUCACCGAGCCGGAGGAGGUGGCGAGACGCUGGGGAGCUCAGAAGAACCGUCCUGCAAUGAACUACGACAAAUUGUCGAGGUCCCUGCGAUAUUACUACGAAAAGGGAAUCAUGCAGAAAGUUGCAGGUGAACGCUACGUCUACAAAUUCGUGUGCGAUCCAGAAGCCCUAUUCUCCAUGUCCGGUUCUACGACCAACCCUCAAACAACCCUCUACAGCGGCGUGGGCCCGACAGCGCCAUCUGCCGGCGGGACCGUGCUAUCUCCUCCUCCCUACGCACCCUACCUAGCCCACGAGUACCAACGACGAUACUAUCACCACAUCAACCACUUACCACAUUAUGAUGCAUGAAGUUCCAAACAAAAAGCAUAGAUGGCGUUAAAACAUAUUUGUAUAGAGACUGUGGUUUGUGUAAGUCGACAUAUCAGUGUUAUGUGCGUACCUAAAUAAUAAUAUUAAUUGUGUAAUGUAAAAAGGCUGUAAAGACAGAAUUAUUAGUUUAAUAAUUGGUGAUGAUGUAAAUAAAUUCACUGUAUUAGCUCAAUUUGUAUUAGAUAUUAGUCGUUUCAGCCACUAGAUGUCGUUGUUUCAUGUUUAGGGAAAACUGUAUUUAUAAAUUUAACAUGAAUUAGUUCGGUCUACAGAUAUUUGUAUAGAUUAAAGUAUAUCAAGCAAUAAGUUGAUAUUAGAUAUUGUAAAUACAUUAAA